AUCGCGGCCCGAUAGUCGCCUUUGGCUGUCGAGAGCCGAGCCGCCUGCGCCCGCGCCGUGCCGCGCCCUUUAGGGCUCCUCGCCGACAGGUGGCCGCGUCGUCGGCCGCGGGGCCUGACGCAUGGCUCGGUGAUGGACCUGGCCUCGACGCGCACCCUGGCGGUGCUCUCGUCGGCGCUGUGCUGCGCGUCGCUGCUGUGCGUCGUGUCGCUGGCCGUCAUCCUGACGCACUGGCACGACGCGCUCGACGCGUGCGUGCAGGCCGACUGCGGCUGCCUGCUGUACGCCCGGGCGGCCACCUCGUCGUACUCGUUCACCGGGUCGGACGUGUCGCUGUGCUGGUUCAGCGGGGCGGCGCCGCUGCCGGGGCUCGUCCUGGCGCUGUCGCUGGCGGCCUGGUACGGCUACCGCGGCUUCGUCCGCACCCCGGCGCACAUGCGCCGCGCCGUGGCCCUGGUGCGGGGCGCGGACGGCAGCGGGGUGCGGCUCCUCGUGCACCCUGGUAGGGCGGCCUCGUCGUCGGCGUCCUCGUCCUCGCCGCCGCGCUCCUCCGUCGUGCUGCCCGCCGCGGCCGCGCGCGCGCCCAGCGCCCGGCGCCUCGCCCGGCACGCCGUCUACUUCACGUCGCUGGGCGUGGUGUGCCUCCUGUUCGGGCUGCUCGCCGUCAGCCACGUCGCCGUCCUCACCGACGGCUUCCUGGUGGCGUGCCGCGAGUACCGGCACGCCGUGCUCAAGACGCUCAAGGCCUCGGGGAACCUCGCGCUGCUCGUCAACGACCGCCUCACCUGCCCCGUCAUCUUCGACUUCCUGGACUACAUGAAGCCCGACGUGCGGGAGGACUUCCAGGGCAAGGACCACUGGUUCCCAGGGCAAAGGAGGCUGACGACGGUCAACUCGGGGGCGGCGCUCGUCAUCAGCCUGCUGGCCGCCUACUCCACCGUCGUGCUGUGGUUCGCGCUGGUCGUCAAGCUCGGCAGGCUCGCGCGGCAGGCGGGCCGCCUGUCGGCCGAGACGCUCAAGGCGCGACAGACGCGCACGCAGCUCGCCAUGCACUGCACCGACCUCUGAGACCAGCCGAGAGGCCAUGAGACCGACUGGGACUCCUAGUUGUUGUUGUUGCAGCAGUUUGCAGUUCGUGUUGAAACGCUUAUUGCAAAGAGAAAGUGGACAAUAUGGUGUCAAAACGUUAUUAUUAGGGUUGGUAGCCCUGGAAAGUUUCCGGAAAAUUUUAGAAAUUUUUUAGAAAAGACGGAAAAUUUUCGGGAAAAAUUGAAAAAUUUCCCAGAUUUAGGAGUGUUUUCCGUUAUUUUCGGAAUAUUUUAGGGAACUUUCGGAAAUUUUCCGGAAAAUUAAUUUUGGAAAUUUCCAACCCUAGUUUUUUUUGUAGAAAUUUGGACCGACCCCAUCAAGUAAUCCGCGUGUAUUUAUUGAUGUGAUUUCAGUCAACUACUUUUAUAUUUCUGCUAGACUUUUUCUCGUUUUCGACUUUCCUCUCAAUAAUGUAGAAAGCCAAUAAAUAGAGUGUCGAUGACAGUU